CGCGGGAGCGGCGCGCUCAGCGACCGGCCGGGCCGGGCCGGGCCGGGCACCGCCGCCCUGCAGGGCAGCCCCGCCGCCGCUCCCGCCUCCUCCGCCUCUUCCUCCUCCUCCUCGUCGCCGCCGCAGCAGCAGCUGACGCUGCUCGUGAUGCAGCCGGGCGGCGGCGAGGAGGCGGCGGCCGGGGCGGCGGGGGUGGUGCUGCAGCCGAGCGCCGACCCGCAGCUGCCGCCCUCCGCUAGCGGCGGCCUGAUGGUGUUCUACGAGCUGGGGGCCGCCGGCGAGGUCGAGGUGGGGGAGGAGGAGGUCGAGGCGGCGGGCGGCGAGAGCACGGCCAGCCUGGAGGAGCUGGAGGAGGAGGAGGCGGCGGCGCCGGGGGCCGCGGGCGGCGAGGCGGCGGCGGGCGGCGAGUGCAAGAGCUGCACGUACGAGGGCUGCAGCGAGACCACCACGCAGGUGGUGAAGCAGCGCAAGCCCUGGAUGUGCAAGCGGCACCGCAACAAGAUCUACAAGGACAAGUACAAGCGCAAGAAGAGCGACCAGGCGCUGGGGGGCGGCGCGGCGGCGGCCGCGGGGGGCGGCCCGCGGGCCGAGGAUAGUGUUGAAGGUUCAGUAUCUGUCACAAAGCAGAGAACAGGAUCCAUUGGAGAUCGCCCAGCAAGACCUACUCUUUUAGAACAAGUAUUGAAUAAGAAGAGGCUGUCCCUACUCAGAAGCCCAGAAGUAGUGCAGUUUCUACAGAAACAACAGCAACUGUUAAGUCAACAAGCUUUGGAACAAAGACAGCAACAGUUUCAAGGAGCACCUGGGUAAUGAGGAAAGAACAAUGAUCUGCAGUCUGGUGCUGAAGGAGGGACACAGGAUCUGUAUUUUGUAUAAAUACAAAGGAUGUCAGUGUUUAAACAAAAAUGGAA